AUGGCAUCGUCGAGUUCGUCUUCAGUGCUGGAAGACUUUGAAACCCAGUUGGAAAUGUUUGUAGAAAACGUUAGGCAAAUAAAAAUUAUCGUGUCUGAUUUUCAACCCCAGGGACAGGCAGUUUUAAAUCAGAAAAUGUAUAAGUGAAUUUAUUCUUGGGUACUUUUUCGUUAUUGGGACUACAUUUUUCAAUAAAAUAACGGCAUUCACCCACGAAUGAAUGUUGCUGUUGGCUCCAUCUCGCAUUUCAAAUUUUAGAUUUACAGUUGCGACACUUAAUUCCUUACAUCAUUAUCAGGUUUGGACCCGAUGGUCGUGUGUCUAUAUAAAGUUGAGAAGCUAUUAGGUCAGUAGUAAAGUAAUUAUUGGUCAUCACACAAGUACCCAUAAAAUGUCAACAUUAAAUACAGUAAGGUAAGUUUUGAUAAAUUUAGCAAUAAAAAUUACUCAUUUUGGCAAAACAAUUUGUAAAAAUAUUAAAUUCUAACUUUCCUUUAAAAAAAUGCUAUUUUCAAGACUUAUGUAUAAAAACUUAAAAACUGUAUUAUAAGCAUAAUCUUAUAAUUAAUUUGGUAAUUGACAAUGUACAAAUAAUUGGAUAAAUGUAGUCCCUUUAACAGGAAAGUACUGUUAUUUGUAGUUAUUUUGUGAUGUUAAUUCUCUUCCAUCAUUGUAAUUUUGAAAUGUUCUUUAUGAUUUGCAGACAAAAUGCUAUAACUGGAUUGCAAGAAAUGAACAAAUUGAAAUCCAAUAUUCAAGAUAUACAUGUGCCUUUGGAAGUAUUUGAGUAAGUAUAUUAGGUACUUGUCCCAAUUAAAUUAACUGUAAGCAGAUCUAGAACUUAUUAUUUGCGUAAGAAUUUAUGUAGUAUACAAAAAUGUAUUUAAAUCCUGAACAAUGUAAUAAAUUAUAAAAAUUAUAAAUGUAUAUUAUGUACUGUUUCCAAGUCUCAGUAUCUCUGUACAAAAUAUUUUCAAUGGAAAUAACUCUUGGAUAAAAUAUCUCUAACUAAAAAUUGUAACUUGAAACUUAAAUCUAUUUAGUUUAAUUACCUUUACUUAAUUAAUUAUUGUUAGAAAUAUUUCAACAAAUAUUAACAUUUAUAUUACUAAAAAAAACAACUAAUAUUGAUAUUAAUCCUUAAAGUUUUUUUUUUUUUUUAAGACAUAUUUUAACUGACAAAAUAUAUUAUUGUAAUUUAACAAUUUUUAGUUCAAGUUUAUUUAUUUAUUACAAUUUUAUAGGAUUAGUUAACAGUUAUUGUCUGCCUUAUAUCAUGUGCUAUAUAAAUUAUUCAUAGGUUUAAUCAUAAACUCAUAAUAUUUGAAUUAAGUAAUUAAAAUACUUUAACAAAAAUUGGAUUUCAAAUGUUUACACAAUUGAAUUUUAAUUAAGUACUUGACUAGAGUAUAAAUACCACCAUUUCACCUGAUAGUUAUAAAUAUAAUAUUGUAAUAUCAAAUAUAUAACUUAUAAUUGAUGAUAUAUAUUUUAUAGGUACAUUGAUAAAGGACAUAAUCCUCAACUCUAUACUAAAUAUUGUAUAGAAAAAGCUUUGCAUAAAAAUGAACAGGUUAAAGGAAAAGUAGAUGCGUUUAAAAAAUUCAAAGCAAAUGUACUCAAUGACUUAGUACAGACAUUUCCUAAUGAACUCAACAAAUAUCGUGCUUUGCGUAGCAGUUGUUUUGAUACCAAUUAUGCCGUGACAUCAAUACCAACUGUGAAUCUACCAUUGGGCACUCUGCAAAGUGGAUCAAAUAAUAUACAUCAAAGUCAAUCAGCUGGAUCUCAGCUUGGAAAACAACAGAUAAAUAAUUCUUCCAUAGUAUCAGGAGUAUCUUGUUUGAACAAUUCUCAACAGCAAUCAAAUGUUCCAAAUAUAUUAUCGUUAUUAGGUCAUGAUGGAGUUUCUACUGUGUCUGCCGGAAAUAAUAGUAACAAUAUACAUGGGCCUCUAGAUACCCAGUAGUACUUAAUUUCGUAACUUAAGUAUUCUAUGAAAUAUUAUUUCAUAAUAUGAAUAAUAGUUAUAUGCAUAUAUACAAUAAUAAUAUUAAUAUUUAUUUAACAAUAUUAUUUCUAUUGUAAUUUAUUUAAAUGCAAAUUUAAUGCAUAUUUUAUUGCGUAUUAAAAGAUAUAAGGCAUUUUUGUUUUAGUUUUUUUUUCACGUAGGUAUUUAUUUAUUGAUUAAAUUUUUAGAAUUAUUAAUAGUGUUACUAUUAAUUAAAUUAGUAAUAAUGUUAAGUAGAAUUUAAAAGAAGACUUAAAUAAUAGUUGUUUUUCAUUCAAUUUUUAUAUACCUACAUUAUAGAAAUAUUUUAUUUCCAGUUUUAUAGAAUUAAUUUCCUUACAUGAAGGAAAUGAAAAAAUGUGUUUUUUAUCAUUAUUUACUAACUUUAAUUUAAUUUAUUAAAAUAUUAAUUGUUGUUGAUAAACUUAAAAAGUCUAUGGGAAAUUGAUUUCUAAUAUCUGUGAAAGAAAUUAUUUUUGUGCAUGUUUCAAAUAUUUACUAUAGUUCAGUUCUAGAACUGAACUAUGACAAAAUGAAUCUGGGAUAUGCCAAACAUGUAGUGUAGUUAAUAGUUACUAUUUUGUGAAUGAAACUGUUGACAGUAAUUACUUAUAUUUACAUAUUAGGUAUUCACAGUAAACAUAUUAUAUAGCUAUUGUAUUUUUUAAAUCUGUCUUGAAUAAUCUACUAAAUUAAGAAAAUACAGGCGAACUUCUUUAACUUUUUAAAUUAACUCUAUUAAUGUUUUGGCAGCCGAACUUCGGAACAUGCUUAACCAAGUGAGAUAUAUAUCACUUACUACUGAUGUUUGGACAGAGAUCAUGCAAAUAUGUAGUUACAUUGGUAUAAUUGUUCAUUUUAUUGAUGGAACUAACAUUGAAUCAGGUAAAAUGUCAUCAUUUUUAGAUGUAUUUAUUUAUUUUUUCGUAACUAUUAAAAAUAAAUGCUUUAGGAGCCAUUGAAGUAACUAAGUUUGAAGGAAGUCAUACUUCCAAGUAUUUGAGUGAAGUUUUUGUUAAAACAUUAUCAGAAUGGGGUAUUGAAAAAAAUCAUGUAGUGGCUGUAACUACAGAUAGCUGGGCUAAUAUUAAAAAAGCUAAAAUUGACGAAUUUGUCGAAAAACAUACUUGUUUUGCACAUACCAUAAAUUUAACAAGUGAUAUUUUUCAACAUUUAAUUUAAUUAUUACGAAAAAUUAUACUAAAAUAUAUAACAUAUAAUAGUAUAAUAAAUUAUUAUUUUUAUAUAGGUACUUAAUUUUGAAAAUUAAAUUGGGAAAUUUAUAAGAGACUGCACCUUUACGCUGUUUUUUUUUUUUAUCAAAUAACCACAAUAACUUUGUAUCAGUGAUUAUAGGAUUUUAUAAUGGGUAUAAAUGGGUAAAAUUUUUCAGACCGUUUUUUCAGUUAAAAAAUAUCAAACAAAUUGUUGUGUAGUAGGUGUGUAUUUUCGGUGCCGUGCAGCAACGCAUUUGUUGAACGCGUUUUCAGCCCCACGAAUAGUUUGUGGAUGCACGAGCGCAGUCUUCAGGAGUUGAUAAUGUCAAAGCCCAAUUACUUAAUAUAUAUAAUUGUUCGGAAUUUUUCUAAGAAAUAGAAAAUUGUAAAAAAAAAAAUAGUAAACGCUGCGAAAAGUAUUACAACUAAAUAUGAAUAAUUUAUCUAAUAAGUACCCGCUUUAUUAUUAUAUAUUUUUUAUGAUUAUAACCUAUGCACCUAUACACCUUUAAUGUAAUGUUAAAUAAAAAUUCAUGAAAAAUGAUUCCCCAUUUUUUUUUUUUUCUGGUACCCUUGGGCUGAUAAUUUUUAAGUGUUCGAUUGUAGGUUCCAACGCAUUUCCGAAUGUGUUCCGGUCUCAAACUGUGUACAAACAAAUGUGUUUGACCCCCUCGUUGAGGGUAUUUAAAACGGCGUAUUUAAUUUGGACAAAAAUUCUCGAGUAAUUUUCGGCCGAAAUUACCAUUUAGGUGUUGCUUACACAAAGCUAAUAAAGGUCACUUUCUGUGUCUCGUUUUCGAUUAGAACUCUUUUUGUCCGUUAUAAUUUGCUCUAAUCCUUCAUACUAGCGUUUUGCUCUUACGGACCAGAAAUAAUCCUCGUAUUAUGUUUUAUGUCCGCUUAAAUUUUCAGAAAAAUAUUAUAAUAAAUAGGUAGGUACCAAUAAAAAUAUAUAUAUAUAAUUGCUAUCGGUAUUAGGUACACCUGAAAAUCUAUAGGUUGCAAUAGGUUUUAGAAAUAAUACAAAAUAAUCAUUGUAUCUAUUUGACCAAUACAAUCACAGAAACAGUUACUUAUAUAUUUGUUGAAAAAUAACAUUAAUUAAUAUAAAUUAUUUAAUUUCAAAAUAACAAAUAAUAAUUACAAGGAGCAUUGGAAAUAUUGAAAUAAAAAUAUUAUCUGGUAGGUAGGUAUGGAAAUAUUUUUUUAAACACCAGCCAUAGAAUUUCCAAAGUUAGAUAGGCAAUUAACAGACAAGUUGAACAAUUUCAGGAGCUGAGUAGGCAACAUUGUAUACAAAUUUGGGAAGCACUGGGUCUUCUUAUCAAAUAUUGCUACCAGAACGUAUGUGUUAAAUUUUAAAAUAUUUUAAAUCUGAGUAGGCAGAGAAAUAUUAUUGUAUAUAUUUUCACUAUCAUAGUUUCUUUAACUGUGGUAUUUUGAAUAAGUACGUUAUAGUUAUUAUAUUUUGUGAAACAUUUGUAUCUGGUAAGCAUAUUCAUAUUAAAUAAAUACAAACUUAAUAUUUAAUACUUACUUAAUUAAGUAUAAAAACUAUUAUUUAAACUAUGUGACAAAACUUAAAACAUAAUCACUUGAAUCAAACAAUGAAUAUACAAUAUUUUAUUUUUAUGUCUUAUUUGAUAUGCAUAGGUAUGUUUGAAACAGUUUCAUUUUUUUAUUUUCAGUUUAUAAGUAGUACAAUACAAUUUGACAUUAUGGAGGCUUUUUGGAAAUAUGUGCGCGAGCGUUUCAUUCUACCUGACUUAAUUCAUUUAGCUGAUAGUGAUAAUGACACUCUCAAGUUAUUAAUGUUCCAAACCGGACCUAGCAGAGACGAAUUUAUUAAGUUUUUUGUAUACAAAUUAUUGUUGCAUAUCGACCCAGAGUCUGAAGAUUUAAAAAAAACACAGUAAUUAAUUAUAAAUAUAUUAAAUCAUUUAAGAAAUAAAUUUUAAUAUAAAUAUUGUACUAUUCAUUUUAGAUUUAGAAAAUAUAUUUGUAUCAUUUGGUUUAUUAAGUGAAGAAGAGGCUCAACAAUUUUUAAAAGUAAGGACGAUAUUAAUAUUAAAAAUUUACUCUUGACAGUCACAGUGGUAUUUGCUGUAUUGGUCUUUCUAACAUUUAAUAUAAAAAUAAUGUGUUUAUGUAAAAUUAGUAAAUUUUGUAGGUAAACCUAUAUAGGUUUUAGAGAUAAACCUAUUAUACAAUUUGUAUAUGGCUACAUUUUGAAGACAACAAAAUUGUCUUUUUUUGAAAUACUAAUUGAUAAAUAGGUAAGUUAUUUAUUUAAAAAAAAAAAAAUUUAAAUAUGAUUAUUAUAACGUCAAUAAUGGAUUAAACAUUGAAAUAUUUGUAAAACACUGAAGAGUACACCUUUAAAAUGUUAUCAUUUGCAAAUUUUAUAGUGGGUAUUUUAUUUCUAAACAAAUUUUAUUUUACAUGAUCAAAUUUUUGCUAUAAUGCUUGUUAGAAAGGCAAGGACUAGAUCAUUAUUAUUUCUCUCAAUUUUUCUUAAUAAAAUUUGAUUUAAUUGACAUAAACUGUAUUAUUUGUUGUUUUUAUAUAAUUUAAAAAUGUUAUAUAUUUAUCAAAUAUUUUUCAUUUGAUAAAAACAUAUUUCCUUUUAAUUUUAGGGAAUUUUGCCAACAAAGGUGCAUAUAGCUAUAUGGAUGAAAAUUAUCGAAGUUUUAAUACCAAUAACAAAAAUUGAACAAUCUUUAAAUGUGUCUAAUUAUGAUGAAAUGAUAAAUUAUAUUUAUGAAAAGAAUUUACACUUUCAAGUAAGAGAAUAAAUACAAGUAAUAUAACAAUGAGAGUAUGCUUAAAUUAAAAACGGGCCAUAGUGUAAAAUAAUAAUAAUAAAUAACAAUUUCAUUUGAUUUGGAAAUGAUAAAAUUUAUAAUUUUUUAUUUGUUUACUAGUUGCUACUUACAACAUCUUUAAUAAGUAGGUUUUUGUUGCAACCUCCACACAAUAAAUGCAAAAAUUAAUUAUAAAAACAUAAAUGUAACCAAAUGUUUUUUUUUUUAUAAUAAUAUAAAUAAUAUAAUAUUAAUGUAUUGUAAUAUUAUUUUAUUGGAUCAGAGUAAUUUGAUUGGAAAACUAGAAAAUGAUCAAGAUAAACUUAAAGUACCAAAAAUUAUUUUAAAUCAUGUUCUCAAGUUGAUUAUGAUUUCAAAUUUCAAAUUUCAAAAAAAAAAAUAAAAUAAAAUAUUUCUUAUAUUAUUAUUCUUGAUUAAUAUAAUUUUGAGUCUAUGAAAGUUUCUAUUUCAUAUUUUGAAACCAUCACACUAACACACUUACUAUACCAUUGAUAAAUGUAAAUAAAAUAAAAUAAUGAAUUCUUCUAAAAUCCUCUUAAUCCUAUUUUCAGGGAUUUUAACAAGGGUUUUUUUUGUUUACACGUUUUUCAUAUUUUUGUUUUCUAUUUCAUCUUUAAAUUAAUAUAAACAUGAACAAAAAGAAAUAACAAUAUUACAUUCAAAUUUUUUUUUUAUGUAAAUACAACUUAUGUUGUACCUAAUUUAAAAUUUUGUGUAGAUCAUGUUGAGUAUUUUUACAGGGCUAAGAAAUGUAGUUCACAUAAACCAGAAUUAUUAAAUAAUUCACUUUCAACUGUUUUGAAAUGAAACUAUACCGCAUUUAAAAAAAGUUUAUAUUAAACAUAAUAUAUUUAUUUUACUUGUCUUUUUUGGAAAUUUUUUACAAAUUUGCAUAUCUAUAUAUGUUUAUAAAGCAUUUAAAAGGAAAAAAAAAAAUGUAUUUUUUGUAUAGUAACUUUUUAACUAGUAUUAUUUUAUUUUAGUCGGUUGUAAAAAAAAAUUAUCUUCCUCCAGAACUGAUUCCAAAAUUAAAGGUUCAAACAGGAUUUAAUGAAAGCAGUGAAAGUAUAGAAGAAGUAUAUAACGAAUUAACCAAGAUAAUAAAGAAACCUUUCAGAUCAGAUGAAAAAAAUGAUAAAAGUUGUGACUUAGUAAGAGUAACUAAAAAAAAAGUAUAAUUCUAAAACAUUUUGAUUAUUUUCUUAUAUUCUUAGGAGCAACUACCAAACUACGAAAACCCAAAAUUAAUGGAUUUGAUAUCUAUCAAACGGGAGAUUGAUCAAUAUAUUCAAAUUUCAAGUGAAAAUGAGACAGUUUCGAUUGAUGACAUACAAUUAAACAGAAAGUCUUUACAAGAUUGUUAUGAAAAUAGUAAUCUAGAUGAAAAGGUUGACAAUAUCCUUAAGGUAUAUUUUAUUUAAUCAUUUUAUACUCAUUAUAUGAGUUUUAAUACUAAUGUUGUUAUUAAUGUUCUUUUUAUGUUUUAGCUCGUGAAAGCUGAAAAUGAUUUACAAGUAUUAGUUAAUUCUCUAGUAGAUCAGGUAUAA